UAGGUGGUUCCGGGUGUCAGAAUUUUCAUUCUUGUACGACAUUUUACAGAGAGAAACCUUUUGUAUUAUAUGAAUGCUUGCAGCGUUACUCACGGUCAUUUUUGGAAUUAAUGCGUACACACGUGGGUGUGUGUGCAUGAAUGAAAAACGUAAAUUCCAUGCGUAUGAAUGCUGGAAACGUCAACAGAACAGCUGUUUGUGAUACGAUUUUUUGUAAAUUACUAAUUAGGCCGGUUUCCAGCAGUCAGGAUGCAGGAACAGGAUAUUCCGAUUGAUAUAAAUUCAGGUAAACUGUUAGAAUGGUUGAUAAACAGACGUCACUGUACCAGGGAUUGGCAGGCAAACAUUAUCGCCAUCAGAGAAAAAAUUAAUAAUGCCAUUCAGGACAUGCCCGUACACGAAGGAAUCGCUCAGCUACUCUCUGGCACAUAUAUCAAUUAUUUUCAUUGCAAGAAGAUAAUAGAGAUUUUAAAAGAGACUGAGGUUGACUCCAAAAAUUUAUUUGGUCGUUACGGUUCGAAGAGAAUGAAAGAUUGGCAAGAGAUCGUUCGACUUUAUGAAAAAGAUAAUAUGUACCUUGCGGAAGCUGCUCAAAUGUUGAUGAGAAAUAUCAAUUUCGAAGUACCAAGCUUCAAAAAGCAGAUUCAGAAGUUGGAACAAACACAGAACGAUUUAGAGAAAAAGGAGGCAGAGUAUAAAAAGUCAGAAAAUAUAGCUCGAACAGAGUUUAGCACACUUUGCAAGCAGCUGGGAAUACCUGGGCAAAAAAUAAAGAAGGAACUAGUUGAGAGAGUAUCGGAAUUGCCCGAGAUUUACAACAGAUUAGUGGAAAAAGCAAAAUCCAUCGACAACGUUGUCGAAUUUUAUAGUUCGUUUGUGGAAUUCACUUUGGGAAGGCAGCACGACGGUGGUUGCGUUCCGAUGGUUAAAUACGUAAUCGAUAAGGGUAACACGACAACUUAUGAAUGGACUUACGGAGAAGCUCCCUUAUCUGUUGUCGAAACUGCAUUGAACGUCAAUUUUGACGACGACGAAGAGGAGGAAGCUAAAGAACAUGGCGAGAUUGACUUUGGAAAUGAGCCGAAGGAAGAAAUUGACUUUGGUCAACUGGACGGUGAAGGGGAAAUCGAUUUCGGUGCGAGGGGUGACAUAGACUGGGGUAACAUCGAGUCUGCCGACGGUACCGCGGAAGAAAUCGAUUUUAACAUAUCUCUAGAGGAAUCUGGGAUUGUUGUAGAAGCUGCUGGUCUUGAUGGCGGUAUCGCGACUGGGACUGAGGCUUUGACGGUUCUUGACAAUCCAUCGACUAGAAACGACUUUAUAGACCAGUUAUUAGAGCUCGAAUCUUUUCUAAAACUUCGAUUGUACGAGUUUCAAGGAGACAAUAGAAACAAUGUACUCAGCAUGAGCCAAAUGCAGCAAGCAUCUCCUAUCCUUCAACUCGCCACACCCGAUAGCACUAAAAGCAUGCUUGACCAUGUACAGGUCCUCAUCACUGAGGUCCUGGAUAGCAGAGUACAGCAUUUGCACAACAUAAAGCAUUCGCCCAGGUACGUAGAUCUUCUCGCCGCGUCGCUGAGACAGAAAUUAAAGAUGGCUGAGAAAAUGGUUUCGCUACAAAAAUUAACUAGUCAAAGGCGAGAAGAUAUCAUAAAUCAAGCUCUGGCACUUCAACCAAUGUUGAAAAUGGUUAUUCGACGAACCAAGGAACUGCAGACAGAGAUAGAACAAGAUAUAUCGAAAAAGUACAAGAACAGGAUUGUACAUUUGACUGGUGGUGUAAAUAACCUUCAAUAAAAAGUAGCUUUCUUGCCAUCAUAAGCUACGCAGACUUUGAGAAGA